AUGUGAGCUCUAGAGUGACCCUUUCUCUCAAUUUCUCUAUUCUCAUAUUCAGAUGUAACCGUCCCGGUGCUGAGAAGAAGUCCAUACGUAAGCGCCGAAGAGGUGACGAAACACCUAAGUCUGAGAGAAAAAUCACGGAUUUUAUAAGAGUACGUUUAAGUGAUAUUUAUUAUUGCAUAAAUUGUUUUCAGCAGCGUUGGAUGUCAACUUCGCCCACUUUUUCGAGCCGAAUCACUCCAACCAAUCCUCAUUAUUCUUCGGACUCGAACAGUAAUUCGAAUCAAAGUCCCCCUACGCCUGCUGCAACCGUACGAUUAAGAAGUGACUGUGAGACUCAAACAGAUUUCGAGGAAUUGAAUCCUGCUCCUCCUGAAGAAAUCGCGAAAUUUUCCCAUAUCCGGCGAAAGAAUGAAUCUGCUAAAGAGGCUCUCAAGCGAUUACUCAUAGAAAAGAAUACAAUGGAAAGGAAGGCGAUUCGUGAUAAGACAACGGAAAACACACCUCGGAUAGGUCAGUACAAACUCGUUCGUCAUGGAGAUUCUUUCCGAGAAGUUUGGGUUGAUGGUUGGGCGCAAGAGGAGCUCGAUAAGAAGAUGCAGCAGAUAGCAAAUGAGAGGAAUGAAAUAGCAAAUGCUUCAGCGUUGUUGAAGAAGCGAAAGCCAGUUGGAAUUCUAGCAGCGAUCCAAACAGACGGAUCAAUACCAUCGACGUCAUCGGGUGAUGAUGCUGUAUUUCGUAGACCCGAAGAACCAAAGGAAAUCAAUUAUCAGGAGUACAUUGAAUUAGACGAAAUUUAUAAGCUCCGUCGUGAGCAUAUGAAAAAAGAAGAGUUGGAAGUGCUAGCUGAAAAAGAAAAACUGGAUCGAGAGAGACAACUUCAUUUGCGUGAACUAAAAAGAGCAAGCAAUGAAAGAGAUUCACGUUAUAAGGAUCACGAGAUGCUCAACAAGCGCUACUUGUUGCUUUCAUUGCUUGGUAAAGGCGGAUUCAGUGAGGUUUGGCGAGCUUUCGAUCUUGAGGAAAACCGUUUCGUAGCUUGCAAAAUCCAUCACGUAAAUAAGGAAUGGAAGGAGGAGAAGAAGGCUAAUUAUGUAAAGCAUGCUAUGAGGGAGAAAGAUAUUCACAAGACGCUCGAUCAUUGUCGGAUUGUAAAGUUGUUCGAUCUAUUCACUAUUGACAAUCACUCGUUUUGUACCGUUCUUGAAUACUGUACGGGGAACGAUCUCGACUUCUAUCUUAAACAGAACAAGUGCAUUUCGGAGAAAGAAGCUCGAAGUAUCAUUAUGCAGGUUGUUUCCGCGUUGGUAUAUCUUAACGAGAAGAAGCCCCCCAUCAUCCACUAUGAUCUGAAGCCCGCCAAUAUUUUGUUGGAAUCCGGGACUACAUGCGGUGCUAUUAAAAUAACAGAUUUCGGGCUUUCGAAGAUCAUGGAGGGUGCCUCUGAUGACGACAGCAUCGAGUUAACAUCUCAGUUCGCUGGCACGUAUUGGUAUUUACCUCCAGAAACAUUCGUGGUUAGUCAUGCACCACCUAAAAUCAGUUCCAAAGUCGAUGUUUGGAGUGUUGGUGUGAUUUUCUACCAGUGUAUCUAUGGAAAGAAACCUUUUGGAAAUGAUCAAACCCAGCAGAAAAUACUGGAAGAAAACACAAUAUUAAAAGCAAACGAGGUUCAUUUUCCUGCGAAACCGCAAGUAAGUCAUGUAGCUCAGGAUUUCAUACGGCGCUGUCUACAAUACAAAAAGGAAGAUCGAGCUGAUGUGUUCGAGCUUAUGAAGCACGAGUUGUUCCGACCACGAGGACAGGUUAGAUAUGAGCUUUUCUCCAGAUUUUUUGUUGUUAAAAAUUUCACAGGCUUCCCCACUUCUCGACUCUUUCACCAUGAGGGAAGUAGAAGUAGAAGCUUAUGA